AUGGUUUCCUGUGAGAGGCACGGCAGAAAACCAAAAAGCGUUUCAGCACUGCACAAAGUGGAAAUCCGCUUUCAAGAAAAAGUACAGCUUUCACAAGGACACUUUGCUUCCAAGAUGAACAGAACACUGACCCUGUUAAACUCUUCAGGGGUUAGUGAGAGCAACACUUGGCAGCUGAUCUCUGUAAUCAUUCCCUUGGUAUACUCUUUGAUUUUCCUAAUAGGCACCGUGGGCAACUCUCUAGUCCUUGCAGUGCUGCUGAGGAACGGGCAAGUAACCAAUACCACCAACCUCUUCAUCCUCAAUCUAGGUGUGGCUGACCUCUGCUUCAUUGUCUUCUGCGUGCCUUUCCAGGCCACCAUCUAUAGCCUGGAUGAUUGGAUCUUUGGUCCCUUCAUGUGUAAAGCAGUGCAUUUCUUCAUCUAUCUGACCAUGUAUGCCAGCAGUUUCACUCUCACAACUGUAUCCUUAGACAGGUAUUUGGCUAUAAGGUAUCCUUUGCAUUCGAGAGAACUAAGAACACCUAGGAAUGCUGUCACAGCAAUUUGCUUCAUCUGGGGUCUUUCAUUCAUCUUCUCUGGACCGUAUGUCAGCUACUUCCAGGAGUAUCAGAUUGCCAACAUUACUGUCUGUCAUCCCAUCUGGGAAAUGUCACAGCGCAAGAUUAUGGAUCUCUGCACAUUUGUCUUCAGCUAUGUCAUCCCAGUGUUGAUUCUCAGCUUCACCUAUUUAAAGACCAUCCGCUAUCUCUGGACAUCUGUGGAUCCCAUGAAAAUCAUGUCUGAUUCUAAGAAAGGUAAACGCAAAGUCACUCGGAUGAUCAUUAUUGUGACUGUUCUCUUCUGCCUUUGUUGGCUGCCCCAUCAUUUGGUCAUCCUUUGUUUUUGGUUUGGCUAUUUUCCCCUCAACAAUGUUACCUUUGUGCUCAGGGUCCUGUCUCACCUAAUCUCAUAUGCCAAUUCCUGUGUCAAUCCUAUUGUCUAUGCCCUGGUAUCGAAGCAUUUCCGGAAGGGAUUCAAGAAGAUCUUCAGUUGCCUUCUGCAUAAAAGAGUAACCAACAAAGUUCAUGUAGCACAGGUGACCCACACAGUUAGUACUUUGGAGGCAGACUUGACAGAGGUAAUGGAUGUCAAUGAGCCUGUACAUACAGGAGCUUCUACAUGCUGUCACAUCCCAAUUCAGACAUGGAAUGAGGCAGAACAGCUGAGUCAUCAAGAGAAACCUACCAAUUCUUUUAUCACUUUCAAUAUUACUUAA